GGGAUGGGAUCAGCACCCAGACGCCAGCCCCCUCUGACAGCUUCCUUUUUGGCCAAGCCCUGCCUCUGUACAACCCCGAGUGGGCAGCCAGAGGCUGCAGCUGGAGCCCAGAGCCCAAGAUGGAGCCCCAUUUGGGGCCUGAGGCUGCCGCCCUCCGCCACGGCUGGCCGGCCCUGCUGCUGUGGGUCUCAGUCCUGAGCUGUUCUUUCUCCUUGCCAGCUUCUUCCCCUCCUUCUCUGGUGCCCCAAGUCAGAACCAGCUACAAUUUUGGAAGGACUUUCCUCGGUCUUGAUAAAUGCAAUGCCUGCAUCGGGACAUCUAUUUGCAAGAAGUUCUUUAAAGAAGAAAUAAGGUCUGACAGCUGGCUGGCUUCCCACCUUGGACUGCCUCCCGACUUCUUGCUUUCUUAUCCUGCAAAUUACUCAGAUGAUUCCAAAAUCUGGCGCCCUGUGGAGAUCCUUAGGCUGAUCAGCAAAUAUCAAAACGAGAUCUCAGACAGGAGAAUCUGUGCAUCUGCCUCAGCCCCAAAGACCUGCAGCAUUGAGCGUGUCCUGCGGAAAACGGAGAGGUUCCAGAAAUGGCUGCAGGCCAAGCGCCUCACGCCAGACCUGGUGCAGGGCCUGGCCAGCCCCCUCCUGCGCUGCCCUUCGCAGCGACUCCUGGAUCGCGUGGUCAGGCGCUACGCAGAGGUGGCCGAUGCUGGCAGCAUCUUCAUGGACCACUUCACCGACCGGGACAAGCUGCGCCUGCUCUACACGCUGGCUGUCAACUCGCACCCCAUCCUCCUACAGAUCUUCCCUGGGGCCGAGGGAUGGCCGCUGCCCAAGUACCUGGGCUCCUGUGGCAGAUUCGUCGUCAGCACCAGCACCAGACCGCUGCAGGAAUUCUACGAUGCACCCCCAGAUCAGGCGGCUGACCUUGCCUACCAGCUCCUGGGUGUCCUGGAGUCUCUGAGGAGCAACGAUUUGAACUAUUUCUUCUACUUCACCCAUAUUGAUGCAGGCAUGUUCGGCGUCUUUAACAACGGGCAUCUGUUCAUCCGAGAUGCCAGUGCAGUGGGCGUCAUCGACAAGCAGGAAGGCAGCCAAGAAGCCACCGGGGCCGGAGAGAAUAAAGACAUUUUUAGCUGCUUGGUUUCUGGCUGUCAGGCCCAGCUGCCCUCCUGCGACAGCAUCUCUGAGAAGCAGAGCCUGGUGCUGGUGUGUCAGAAGUUGCUGCCUCGACUUCUCCAGGGGAGGUUCCCCUCCCCCAUGCAAGAUGACAUAGACUCCACUCUUGCUCAGUGUGGGGACGCCACCCGCCCAGACCCAGAAGCCCUUGGGGCCGCCAGCCAGCUGAAAGACAUCUUGAGGCCCCUGAGAACCUGUGACUCCAGAUUUGCCUACCGUUACCCAGACUGCAAAUAUAACGAUAAGUUCUGAAAGGCUGGUGUCUAACUAGCCUCGGGGAUGACACGCUGGGCUCUCCAUUCCCCCAGUUGGAUUGCUGCAAGGUUGAAAGAAGCCGCUGUUUUUAAAAUAUGAGGACGAAGGCACAUGCAUUUCUCAGGGACUGAGAGGGAAGUUGUGAGAUACUAUGUGUCUGUCUCUGCUGGCUGGUACGUCCUGGCAAAGCCCAGGGCUCGGGGGGGGGGCAUCAGAAGACCUGGAUAUGGACGCUCACUCAGUGUCUUUGAGCAUCAGUUUCCUCUCUUCUCCACCAGACUCUCAGGAGAGUGAAAGAAGAUGGAGAUGGAGCCACCAUUGAACGUAUGUCCCAAGCAUGGGGCUUGGGACGCGUGCUCACCACCUCCAUCCCAGUGGUUACGAAGUGUGUUCUGGAAAAGCACAGAGGCAGGGAGCAUGGGGAAGAGCCACGCAGGUCAGGAGGCUGGAGUGGAGGGAAGGCGGGGGAGGACAGGCUUCCCACUGCUACCACUUUAGACUCAGACAAGAGGGGCCCCGUUCUUGCUCCCUAUGGCCCUGCCACACUCCCAACGCCAUUGCAGGAUGAGGAGACUGCGGGCCAAGGGGACACGCCUGCCACUGCCUAAAGCCUGGUACCUGGGGCUUCAUCCACCUGCGCAUGGGGCUUCUCCGGGUGUGGGAAGAAGCCAGGGGUAAGAAGAGAAAGGGGAGCCAGCGGGGGGCCAAUGUGUUAGCCCAAGUCCUCCAAGAGAGGUCAAGACAGAGUGAACGGGACAGAGAUGUAUUAGGGGAAAUGCUCGUGUGAAAGGAAAGGAGGGAGCCAGAGAAGAUUGAGAGGACCAUGAAGUCGAGCUGCAAGCUGAGCCCCAGCAAAGGAGAGAAGGUCUGGCAGAAGCUUGCUAAGCUCAAAAUCGAAGAAAGAUCCAGCAAGGCGCUCAAGGGGUGUCCUCAAGGCAAAGGCCAUCAGAGGAUCCCCAUGUCUCCCACAGAUAGACCCCCGUAGCAUCCCUGUUGCACGCAGUGGUUGGUGGAUACAGCCUGUGGGAAGCGUGGCCUCUGCCCCACCACAAAGACAGAUUUCAGAGCAGAGCAGUGGGGGCCCCUGGCCAGCCCUGCUUCCUAGCGCAGGAGAUCUUGAGUGAAAGAACAUUCUUCUUGUAGCCACAGCUGAGGCCCUGAACCAGCUCCCUCCAUACCACAUGCUUCAAGUUGGGACUCCGAGUCUGGGAAUUUUCAUUCAAUUUUGGCCUUACAGGUCACUCACCAGAAAUAGAUUUUUUUCAAGGUCAACCAAUAGAACAUACUUUUAUUCAACAGUUCGUUAGUUUGCUUUUUAAAUAUUUAGCCACAUGGUAUGUUGGCUUCCAUGUACACUCUUGCCUUGGCCCCUGAAACAUAAGCAGGGGCUCUUCUGCACCUUUGCCCAGCCUCCCUGCCAUCCUUUAACCCCAGGAACCUCUCAGUCUACCUCCUCUUGUCUACCUCUGAAUCCCCACCUUUAAAGUCAGAACAGGCCAGGCACGGUGGCUCACACCUGUAAU